CGCCAAGAUGGCGUCGCGCAGCCUGGUGCGCGGGGCGGUGGGGCGGUUGUUCGCCGGUCUCGUCGGGAGGGGCUGGCUCUCGCCGCCGGCCCGGGCCCUCCGCGAGGUCGUGGAAGUGACUGAAGGCAACACGACCACAAUUGAAGGGAGAAUUAUAGAGGAUGCUGAGGUGCCAACUCCUCCUAACCCCUCUGGCCAGUGUCCCAUCUGUCGCUGGAACCUGAAGCAUAAGUACAAUUAUGUGGACGUCUUGCUAUUGAGUCAGUUCAUCCGUUCUGAUGGAGGAAUGCUGCCACGGAAGAUUACAGGCCUCUGUCUGGAGGAGCACAAGAAGAUAGCAGUCUGUGUGCAGAUGGCUCACCGAGCAGGUUUGUUGCCAAACCACAGGCCUCAGCUUCCUGAAGGACAUGUUCCCAAGAAACCCAAGUUCAACAGGUAUCUGACCCGCUGGUCUGUCAGAUCUGCAAAGCCCAUCUGGAAGAGGGGCCCUAAAUGGUGCAAAAUUCCCAUGCCAGUUGGACACCCUAUACUAAAGGAUAAUGUCAAAUACACGCACAAGCCCAUCUAUUUAAACCACUAGAGCAUAAUGGAACUGGCAUAGACGGUGAGCACAGCUGUUUUAAACUGCUCUGCCCUUUCUGCAAGUUCGACAGUACCCACAGUUUUCUUAUUCCAAAACACUCAUUAGUAUCUUGUAUUAUCCCCAGUGAAUAAGCAGUAAUCUGCUCAUCUCAGAGGAAACAAAAAACAGCAAAGCAAAAUUUGACGUGCACUAGGAUUUGGAGGCAGCAGGGGACAAAGACUUUUACCUCAAAGCCAGAAAGAAUCUGAUGAUUUGUGUUUCACUGUGGUCCCGCAGUGGGUCAGGAGAAGGUUUUUUUUUUUUUUUUUUUUCUCCUUCUUUUUCUAGCACUGAAUGGUGAUGCUCCAUUUAUGUAUUCUUCAACUCAGAUUUGCCUCAUUGGGGCUUUUGUACUUGUGACACUGACGGGAGAAAGCCUCACGCAACUCAAUGCUUCCUUGGCUGUGAUGCAAAUUAUGUUAAUGACUGCUGAAGUUAAAUAUUUUUAUAAUUGGUACUAUCUAUAAUUUGAAGUAGAAAACCUGUGGUAGUGGCUGGCAUGACAGUGUCAGCAUGUGUGCAUCUUACAUGCCUGCUAAAGGAUUCAUGGCUUGUGCUUCACUCCUGGAUCUAACAAAUACAGAAAAUUGACAUCUUUAA